UCGCACCGACAGCGGUCGCAGGCGUGCACGUCGUGUCUCCUGGCUGCAGCAGAAUCGGAUCGACGCGUGUUUUCCCUCCCCCUCCCCUCCCGUUUUUAUUUAUUUAUUAAUGUUUUACAUACGUGCGGCGCGCUUGUGUGUUUGCAGUCUAGCUAUGGCUUCCUGCCGUUUCAUGUAGGUGGAUUCCGAGGUUAAAGCAAAGGCGCUCGGCGGUCGGGCUGGGUUAGUGAUGAACCAUAGCCGGAGAAGGACUGUUUUCUCUAGGUCCAGGUCGAGGCCUACUUGUUAAAGACCACCCCUACCCUUUCCUCCCCUCCUGAAUCUCGUCGUGAUGGCUGAGAAUCAACAACAACCUGGUCAGCACCAAAAGCCUAAUUCGGGAAUAGGCUCUUUACCAGCCCUCGUUCCGGGACUGCAGGGGACAGAGGCCAGUGUGCUGCAGCACAAAAUAAAGAACUCUAUCUGCAAAUCAGUACAAUCAAAAGUGGACAACAUACUGCAAGAAGUUGAGAAGUUUACAGACAUCGAAAAACUCUACCUCUACCUUAGGUUGCCUUCUGGUCCCAGCAAUGGGGGUGAUAAAAGCGACCAGAGCUCCAUGUCAUCUAGCCGCACGCAGCAAAUUCACGCAUUCAACUGGAUCCGAAAUCACCUAGAGGAGCACCCAGAGACCUCGCUGCCCAAACAGGAGGUCUACGAUGAGUACAAGAGUUACUGUGACAGUCUGGGCUACCAUCCCCUCAGUGCCGCAGACUUCGGGAAGAUCAUGAAAAACGUCUUUCCCAACAUGAAGGCACGUCGACUUGGCAUGAGGGGCAAAUCAAAAUACUGUUACAGUGGGCUGAGGAAGAAGGCGUUCGUACACAUGCCGUCGUUACCCAACCUGGACUUGCAUAAAACAGGAGAUGGGUGUGAGGUGCUGGAGGCCUCGAGCCAGCUGGCUGGCGCUGACGGGGAGGUGCGCUCGGCCGCCUGUGGCCUGGUCUGUGAAUGGGCCCAGAAGGUGCUCAGCCGGCAGUUCGACUCCGUCGAGGAGCUGGCCCGCUUCCUACUCAGCAGCCACUACAUCGGCACCAAGUCGGUGGCAGCCCUGACGGUCAUGACGGGGGCCGCUACAGGGACAAAGACGCCAACACAGGUGUCUGCGUUUGUGCCAACUGCGGAGGCCAACUCCUUCCAGCCCCAGGUGAAGACCCUGGCGUCGCCUUCCAUCGAUGCCAAGCAGCAGCUGCAGCGCAAGAUCCAGAAGAAGCAGCAGGAGCAGAAGCUGCACUCGCCACUGCCGGGCGAGGCCCAGGUCCGCAGGGUGGACGGCGGCACCCCUGGCGCAGGACACGGCAUCCCCUGCAGAAGCCCCGCCCUGCUGUCCCCUCAGCCAACCAUUGGCAUCGUAGUGGCUGCCGUCCCGAGCCCAAUCACGGUACAGAGGAGCAGGCAGCUAAUGAGCUCUCCCAGCCCUGUGGGUGCACCAGAAGGCAAGGUCGUUCCAGUCAACUUUCAGGUGGUCACUCAGUCUGUGCAGUCAGUGAAGCAGUGCCCCAAGACACCCCAGAAUGUCCCUGCCAGCCCCGUAGGUGACCGCUCCGCCCGGCACCGCUACGCCCAGAUCCUGCCUAAGCCUUCGGCCAGCAGCGCCAUCACCCUGCGUUCCCCGCCCACGCUGCUCAUCACCAACAGUCCCAUCAAGGCCGUGAUGCCCACGCCGCAUGUCAGCUCUGUCAACGUGGUGAAGAUGACCGCCAUAUCCCUAGCGCCCAAUGGCACCGGCACUAGUGGCUCCACCUCCACCCCCCUGCGACCGGCCUCUGCCGGGGUGGGCAGCACCGGAUCUUCAGAGGAGCCUAGGUCCGGCGCACAGGUCCACAGCGGUCCCACAGCUCUUGUGCAGUCACCUGUGCCCAGGCAUGGACGCGUGGCCACGACUCCUACGAUCGACGUGAAGCCGGAGCCUGAAGCCAUAUCCGAUGCCAGCCGGGUAGACAGGCUGCUCGCAUCUCAGGACCCUGACGGUGUGCAAAAGGGUGUGGCAAAUGCCAAGCCCAGGGCUUGCAGUGCACCCACACCACAUACCAAGGGGUCCCCAGCGUUCCACGGAAAGUCUCCAUCCAACGGCAGCACUGUGGUAGCUUCCGCCGGCAGCAAUAACGACAACGGCGAGGGCACUUUUUACUUGACCAUUUCGAACCAGGCCACCAGCAUCAACUUGUCGCACAGCGGCAGUGCCCAGGCCACCUCAUCCCCAAAGGAGGCCUGCUUGGGCUCUAAAAGUCCCCGGAAACGUACGAGCAUUGGGUCCGAGUUGAACCAAGCUCCUGUCAAGAAGGUCUUUGUCACGCAGCAGCCCAUCGGGAAUGCUGACAGUUCGAGAUUGAAUGUCGGUUCCGCUCUGAAGAAAGCUUCAAGGGCAGGGGCUCCGGCCCGACCCGAAAGUGCACCAGCAAUUGUACCCGGCAAGGUGACUGUGAAACUCAACUCCACCGUCCCAACUCGAAUUCUUGCACUGACCGAUUCUCCCAUCACGAAUGCAAGUGGCUUCCAGACAGUUGUGAAACCACAGGCCGCUCCAGAACACAAGGAUGAGGGGACUCACACUCUGGAUCCUGAUGACCUCCUUCCAGAGACCUCUGCAUCCAGUCAGUCCCUUCUAGAGCAAAUUGCCAGCAACUUGCAAGCUGUGGCCACCAACUCCGGAGUACUAGACUCCUCCGCUGCCAAUGGGUUUAAGAGCUCUUUGUGGGAGGAGGGACAGCUUGACAGCAUUCAGCAGCAGACCUAUGUCCAGCAGAUACCUGAUCAUAAGCAAAUAGUCACGCCAGCCAUGGACCAGAUACCGAUCAUGGCUUCAGAUGCCAGUCAGCUCAACCUCCACCAGGACAUUGUUGACUUUGCAGGAGGCCAGUCCAGCGUGGAUUACUUUCCAUUUAACGAUGAUGAAAUGACCCAGGACAGUAUCGUUGAAGAGCUGGUGCAGAUGGAAGAGCAGAUGAAGCUGAACAGCAGUCUCCAAUCUUAUGGUAGCUGCGUCGACGUAACGCUGCAGGGUCAGUCGGCUGUAAUGCAGGGUGCCAUGCUGGCCUCCCACCAGGUGGGGGCCACCUUCUACCACUCAGCCCACAGCAGCAGCACUCCCAUCCAGACGCCUACGCCAACCCCGACGCCCACCCCGACCCCGACUUCUGAGAUGAUGGGGGGAAGUCAAGGUCUGACGCGGGAGAGUCCUUGCUCCAGGAUGGCGCAGACGACCCCUGUGGACAGUGCCCUGGGGAGCAGCCGCCACACUCCCAUUGGGACGCCACACUCCAACUGCAGCAACAGCGUCCCGCCCAGCCCGGUGGAAUGCAGAAACCCCUUCGCGUUCACACCCAUCAACUCCAGCAUGACUGGAUACCAUGACGCCAGCAUCGUCACCAGCAGCCCCGUCAAGCCCAUGCAGAGGCCAAUGGCCACCCACCCAGACAAGGCCAAACUGGAGUGGAUGAGCAAUGGGUACAACAGUGGCGGCGGGACGUCCGCAGCCUCUGCCGGCAUUGGGAUUCUUCCCAGCUACCAAGAUCUAGUGGACGACCAUUUUCGGAAGCCUCAUGCCUUUGCCAUUCCUGGACAGUCCUAUCAGUCCCAGUCCAGGCAUCAUGAGUCUCACUUGGGCCGCCUGACGCCCAUUUCUCCGGUGCAGCAACAGGUCGCCGCCAUGGCUGGUCUGGCCAAGCAGGAAGGCUUUGCAGUGCCUGCUCCUUUGGAUAACAAAGCAGCGUCUUCGUCAGGCACCAGCACCUUCCGCUGCCGUAGCGUCAGCCCGGCUGUGCGGCAGCGAAACCUGAGCGGCAACACGGCCUUGGCUAAUGUCGCCAGGUCCGCCGCGUCCUCUUUCAGUUCACCUGUGGCUCCAGAAGUGCUCAGCAUUCUUGCCAACAGCCCAGACAUCGGUGUCGGUAGCAUGGCACAGAGGAGCCAGUCGGUGCCACUCAACGUGAUGAUGCAGACUGAGGUGCUUCCGGUGCAAAAGGCAGGCAACAACCAGAACAUCACCAGCGUCCUGCUGAGCAAGAUGGAUCCAGAUGGUGAUGAUGCCGUGCGAGGCCUGGGCAUCAACAAUUUGCCUUCAAACUACACUGCCCGCAUGAACCUCACCCAGAUGCUGGAAACUGACCCCAGCCUCUCUAGUGCCGCUGAUACCCAAGCUCUUAUUAGCCCUGGCCCUUCCACGUAUGAGUUUCAGAAGCCGACUUACCUCAUUAAAAAUGCCAGAAGUGAACAGAUAAGCCUUUCCUCUGCCGACAGCCAAGCACAACGACGGUCUGAGGAGCAACAGCCAGAGUCUGUGGAGCAGCAGCUUCAAGAUCAGCAAGAUCAAAGUCAGGCACAGUUGCUGGCCCAGGAUCCACAGCAGCAGCAUCUGGACUUCAACAGCACUGUCAAGGACCUCCUAGGGGAGGACGGCCUGGACCCAGGGUCCCAGCUGGUGGGGCAAGUGGCAUCGGAGCUGAAUGCCGUGGCAUCAGAUUUCUCCAUCACGUCAGAGCUUUCUAGUAGCAUAAGCGACCUGAACACUUUAGACGCAAACCUGCUCUUUGACCCCAAUCGGCAGCAGGGACAGUAUGAAGACUCGACACUGGAAGAACUGAAGAACGACCCAAUUUUCCAGCAGAUUUGCAAUGAGACUGUGAACUCCGCCGGCUUUGACUGGCUGGAGAGCAAAGACCAUCCCACAGUUGAAAUGUUGGGUUAAUGGUUUUAUUUAGAUUUUUUUUAUGAUUGAAUGUUAGUUCUAUUUUAUUUUUGUUUGUUUUUUCUUUCUUUUAGAGAACCAUCUCUAUGUAAAGGUUCUAUAGCACACUGCAACAUGAACCUGGACACUGACAUUUUGUCCAGUACGAAGUGCCGGGCCAAACAGAAAUGAUCAUUCUUUCUGUUUGGGUUUUUUUUUGUUUUCUGUAUGUUUUACUUUAUGUGCUGCAUCAAGGUGCAUUGCUGGUGCUAUUAUGUCCUCUUUCUACCCGUUUUCCUUAAAAUCAAAACAAAAUCCUAAAUGAUCACAGCUGAAUAAUUUAAUCAAAAAGACAUGAAAGCACUGUUGCAUUAGGACAUAAGAAAUGUUAAUUUGGACUUAAGUUACUUUUUCCCCCAUCUUAAAAAAAGAAACUCUUAAAAUUUUAUUUGAACAAUAAGUAAUAUUAUCUCAGUCACUUGAGGUCAUGUUUUUAAAAAACCUAGAUUUGUUUAGUAGACAGAGGAUGCAUUAUUUCAUGGAUCAAGUAUUUCGAUUCUUCUAGACUGUUCUUAAAAGGCAACCUUGUUUACUAAACAGGUUUUACAAAAAAAAAAAAAUCUUGCUUCUGAUAAAUUCCCGAAGACUGCAUUGUGCAAACGAA